UAUAUCCGGGUAUUACUACUAGCAGCGAUGUGUGAGGACGUCGCUACGUGUUCUAACGACACUAGAGAAGACAGGCCGUUUGCGUGUGCAAUUGCCGAAUGUAGUAAAACGUUCAAACGAGCUGAUCAUCUAAGACGCCACCAAGUCUCUCAUUCUCAUACCAAAACUUUCCAGUGCAGUGUUGAUGGCUGUUUGGCAUCUUUUACAACUCGAGGUAACGCAAAACGACAUGAAAAACUACACGACAAGCCGACUCCAUAUGAGUGUCAAUACCCCGGUUGUAAUGAAAAGUUCAGAAAGCACUCUCGGCUACAAGUCCAUGCAUUGGAACAUCCAAAUGUUACCCUCAAACCAUACAAAUGCACAUUUGGUGAGUGUGAUAAAUCGUUUCUGUUGCCAAGUCAACUUAGGAAGCAUGCAAAAAAGCAUGGCAAAGUCUAUACAUGCUGUUAUGCGGGAUGCAACGAAUCAUUUACCAAAUGGAGUGAAUUGCGUAAACACAGCAAAAGUCAUCCCAAAGAGUACAGAUGUUCUACGUGUGAUCGACUGUUCAGAAACAAAAGCAGUUUACGUCAUCAUCGUGUAACUCACAGUUCAACGCGAGAAGCAUUUUGUUGCACACAUGAUGGCUGCUCAAGGACAUUCUCUCGACAAUCAAAUUUGAAAGUUCAUAUCCAGUCAUUCCACGAAGGCGCCAAGCCUUUCAUCUGUCACCACAGUGACUGUAAUCGAUCAUUUCCUUACAAAAAAUCUCUUGAUCAUCAUAUACAGAGAAUUCACACAGAACACAAUUCAAUCAGUCAGAAAACGGCUCGUAAACGGCCUGCUCAAUCAUUGUCUUCUAAACUAAGUGGAUACGUUGCCAAGCGGCUUCAUUGCAGUGGUGAAGUUGAAGUACAAGACUGACAGUGAACAUCGAUCAGGAUCGUCCUCACUUG